UCAUCAAUUCAUCGUCAUCAUCAGUAUUAGUCAUAACACAGAGACACGACGGCAUGGCUGCGAUCACGAGCGCAGUGAUAGCAGUGGCAGCAGUGAUUCUGGGUUGGAUCACCAUUGAGAUCGCAUGUAAACCUUGCCUUGAAAGGGGCCGCGAAGCCAUCGAUCGCAACCUCAAUCCAGAUUACGAUCCCGAUGACGACGCCGACGCCAUUCGCGCCCCACUCAACCCCACCACCACCACCACUGUCUCCGAAAACUCCUCCACCGUCAAAUGCUGAUGACCCUUCUCAUAUCUCCGCCUGGUAUUCGCUUUUUAUACCCAAAGUUUUUUUUUUUUUUGGUCUGUGUUUGAGUGUGUAUUCGCUUUUGACGGUUAUUUCUAUGAGACUGAAAUAUCAAAUGUUGGAUCUUAACUGUGAUAAUGUUUUCUGAGUAAUUGAGUUUGGAGAUUUGUAAUUACGAAAUGGGGAUGUGGUGACACACACGCACAACACUAAACUGGUGUGUCCCUAUGAAGAUUUAUGAGACCUGUGUUCUUGAGGAGAUU